AAGAGAUACUUUCACAACAGAGGCAUGAAAUUACUCAAUUGCUUUAUUAUUAUUUUAAAAUAAGUAGCAACGAAUUACCUGAUAACAAACCUAAUGUAGAAGAGUAUGAUUCACAAAAAAUUCAUUUAAUCUCUCUUUUAGCUUCAAAUAAUAUUAUUAAGAUAUAUGAGCAUAUAUUGGCUAUUAAUAACGCUGCAUUUUUUCAUAUAACUUUAAUACCUAUAUGGUGGUAUAAAAAUGAAAAAAUGCAUAAUUUAGACUUGGACGAACAACUCUACAUAAAUACUUGUACAAUAGAACCAAAUGAAGACUACUUAUCUUGUCCAAAGCUACGUGGAGAUGAUGUUUUUAGUCCUGAAGUUCGUCAUGCUGUUCAAAAGCAACAUGACUAUGGAGAAACAUUUAAUCUUGCUCAAAAGGCAGUUCAAAAUGCAGUUGAAUCAGGUGGUGAUUCUUUUUACUGCCUUAAAAGAAGUCUUAAUAAUUGGUUUGCUAAAGAAAAAAGACUAUCUUAUAUAAGAGAUGAUGAUCAAGAAAACUUUGACCCCAGUCAAGUUGAAAAUCUGAUUAAAAAACAGCAUAGAAGGCGAUCUUCAACUAAGUGA